AUGUUUGUUUCAACCGCCAUCAAAGCCGCCUUUCUUCUGGCCGUUUCCAUGCCCGUCCAAGCUUGGAACAGACUGGACAAGGACAACGCUGCGCUGCUUGUGAUCGACCACCAAGUCGGCCUUGCCCAGUUGGUUCGCGACUAUGGCACCAAUGAUUUCCGCAAUAACAUGCUCGCCCAUUCAGCCAUCGGCAACGUCCGAAUGGUCUCUUUGCUCAAGGAAAUCAUGGAAAUGCACCCAAAUGCCACCUUCGUCCGGCGCCAAGGCGAAGUCAAUGCAUGGGACAACGCUGAUUUCCGUGCUGCUGUCAAGGCCACGGGCAAGAAGCAGCUGAUUAUUGGCGGUAUUGUGACUGAAGUCUGCACCUCGUUUCUGGCCCUUUCUCUCAUUGACGAAGGCUACGAGGUAUUUGCGAACACUGACGCCAGUGGAACCUUUGACCUUCGUCUCGCCGAGGAUGCCAAUCGUCGCAUGGAGAAGGCGGGAGUUACCCUGAUGGGGCUCUUCGGUAUUGUUUGCGACUUGAUGCGAGACUGGCGCUCUAAGCCUGGACUUAAUGAAUUGUUGCCGUUCCUCGACAAGUACCAAUUUGCCUAUGGCUUGGUUGCCCGUCACCAUGCCGGGUCCAUCCAGAAUGGAACGUUGUAUCCGGUUGAGUUGGAAUUGAUUUGA